CCAUCUCACCAGAAAAGCUGUCAGUGCUUCGGCCUAUGCGACUUCCAGGGCCGAGUAAGAAUUCUCCCAGAAAAAAAACAUCUAAAAUCUGAUAUUGUGAUAAGCUAAGAUGCCGUGUAACUACGUUCGGAAAACGGAGCGUGGAUCAUGGACCCCAGAAGUCCUGAAAAGUGCUCUCAAUGCCUGCAAGAAUGGAAUGAGCCUUCGAAUAGCAGCUACCACGUUCAACAUCCCAAGGUCAACCUUAGCAGCUAGAGUCAAGCUGAGCUAUGCACAUGAUGCCCUUCCCAUUAGGCCACCUCGUUUUGGGAGGAAGCCAAUGCUUGGAUUUGAGAAAGAGGCUGAACUAGAACAUAUGAUCCUUGAAUUUGAGUCACGGGGGUUAGGCUUGACUAAAGACGAUUUAUGCUGUUUAGCGUAUGAGUUUGCUGAGAGAAAUAACAUUAAACAUGAUUUUAAUAAAGAUACGUGCAAAGCUGGUCGAUUUUGGAUAGAGGGUUUCUUAAAACGCCACCCUAGAAUCAAACCCAGAAAGGCUGAAGGGUCAUCCAAGGCAAGGGCCCGCAGAGUGUACAGAGAAGUUGUGGGACAGUACUUUGCUCGUCUUGGUGCCGUUAUGGAUCGAGAAGGGCUUCACCAACACUCAGAAAGAGUUUACAAUGUUGAUAAGACUGGCAUGCCUAUGUGUAACAGGCCGGGGACAGUUCUGGCAAAGGAGGGGAAAAGAAUCAUGGCAGACAAGAAGACCAGUUUGGAAGUGAUCAAGAGUGAGAUCAAAGAGGAACCUCAGUCACCAGAGGAAUCAUACAAGACCUACAUCGUGAAGGAAGAAGACUUGGAAGAUGACUGGACAGAGAAUGAUGCCCAAGAAGUAUCGGAAGAGCAACAGUCAUUAGAAAGAACUAAGAAGUCUGUGGUUGAGGAAGACCACUUGAAAGAAGGUCAGCAUGGAGAAGAAAUUCAGAGACGAUUUCAUACUGAUCCCGUGCAGGAAGCAGAUUCAGAAGAUGGUUGGACGGAGGAUGAUAAUGCUAAGGAGAUGGAGGCCCAACAAUCAAAAGAAGCUGACCACCAGACUUUUACAUGCUUUAUAAAGGAAGAACCUGUGGAUAGUGACGGUGCUGAUGAUGAUGAUGAAGGGACCGCUCUGCAGGCAACAUCACCGUCAUGUAGCAAACAAGGUGGGAGACAUCUUCCGGAGGAUUUCCCAUUACAAGCUUACUUAGGAACUCAAUCUGGUUCAUCUGAAAGAGGGAGUUGCACAAGUGGGAAUUCAAGUAUGCAGGACAUCAAUCAAAGUAUGAGAAACACCCAGGAAAUGUCAGGUGACAGAUCACAUGAUGAUAAGAGACAUCUAGCAGUUAUCCUGUCGCGAGCUGAGUUAGGAACCCAAUCAGAUUCAUCUGAAAAAGCGAGUAUCAAGAGUGGGAAUUCAAGUAUGCAGGACAUCAAUCGAAGUAUGAAAAACACCCAGGAAAUGUCAGGUGACAGGUCACAUGAUGAUAAGAGACAUCUAGAAGUUAUCCUGUCGCGAGCUCAGUUAGGAACCCAAUCAGAUUCAUCUGAAAAAGCGAGUUUCAAGAGUGAGUAUGGCUCUUGCCCCAUACCGUACCAAGUGCCCAAUGUUCAAGAAAAAUGCUCAGCUACAGAGGAUAUGACUGAGCCUGCAACUUGUAAUCACAAGAAUGAAGGUAUUGCUAGAGACGUGAAAUUUUGCGUAGAUUCAGGGAGUGAAAGAGAACAUGAAAAUAAGUGUGUCGGUACUAGUCAAGACACUGUUCAGUCUUCCCAGCAUGAUACAACACAAAACAAUCAGUACGAACCCCAAGGAUGCCUAGCAGACAAAGGACCAUUUCUAUGUUCUGUCUGUAAAACAGAAUAUUCAUUAAGUUCUUCUGAAACAUUAGAAGAAACAGGUGUGAAGCUUUAUUGGUGUGCCGGUUGUCGCUGCGCAUUUUCAUGCCAGGAAAAACUUGGAGAUCAUAUGAAAUUUCAUGUAGAAGAGAAGCCUCUGAAGUGUCUUAAGUGUUAUUAUGAUACCAAAGGAAAAGGCAACAUUCUGCCAAGAUACAUGGAAAUUGGCUGUGGAAAUUGGCCUUAUAGAUGUAGUGUUUGUUGCAGGUCAUUUUCAAGUAAAUCUGAGUUGUUUGCGCACGUGAAACUUCACAAAGAAGUUAGGCCCUAUAAAUGUUCCUUUUGUGUCAAAGACUACCACUUUGAGAGCGGUCUGACUGCACACAUGAGAACCCACACAGCUAAAAAGUAUCAUCAGUGUACAGUUUGCAACAAGAAAUUUAUCAAUAUAAAGAGACACAUGAAAAUCCAUUCAGGACUGAAUCAGUGUUCCAUUUGUAACAAAGGCUUUUCCAAUCAUGGCAAUCUCAAGAGACAUAGGAAAUUCCAUAAGAAAACCAACACUCAAGAAAAACCCUAUUAGUGUUCCGUCUGUAGCAAAAGCUUUCCACGCAAUGCUACUCUUAAGAUCAUAUGACAAUUCACACUGGAGAAAAGUCUCAUGUGUGUUUGAUUUGUAAUAAAGCGUUGACCAGAGGUGAGUCUCUUACAAGACAUAGUAGUAGUAAUGGUUUAGUGAAAUAAAAAUCAAUAGCGGCUCGAAAGCCAAAUUACAGGUUUUGUACAAUAGAAAAGCAAAAAUCAAAAUUACAGGGAACAAAAUAGGUAAAUAAGAAGACAAAGAAGACGAAAGACUUGAUGCAUGGCUGAUCGUCAACAAAACUGAGUUGAGUCU